AUGCUGAAAGCACAGCUUUGUCUGUUGAUUGGUGUAUUGCUUGUUCUCGUAGCCUGUCUUUCCUCCACACAGGCAAAAUCAUUCUUUGAGCUGUCAAGAAUCAGCAAGAGACAAGCAGGCCCAGCUACAAGAAAGAACCCCACUCCUAACAAGACUCUACAAAAUGCUCCUCGUGUGAAUCUCAAAGAAAUUGACAAUCCAUUCAAGUACAGUGGUUUCAUUGAAGUGAACUCAACGUAUGGUGGCCAAAUGUAUUAUGUUUUUAUGGAAGCUUUGAAUGGAGAUGAAAACGCUCCAUUGAUUAUUUGGAAAGUUGCUUCUGUUUCAGCUUGCUGCUGUUUAUUUUCAAACGAUGACAUUAGGUUUCAAGGAGGUCCUGGAAGCAGUUCCAUGUUUGGUUUAUUUGUUGAAAAUGGUCCUUAUCUUGUCGAUCCUUCGACUCUUGAAUUGGUCAAGAACAAAUAUACUUGGCUUGAAGAUCAUCACAUGAUUUGGAUUGACAACCCAAUAGGAGCUGGUUUUUCACAUGUGAAAGCCAAUGGUUAUGUUCACAGCGAGGAACGUGUGGCGAUGGAGCUUCACAUCUUCUUGUCCAAAUUUUUCCAACUCAGUUUUGCAUCCAAAUACAAGAAAAACCCAUUGUAUUUGUUUGGAGAGAGUUAUGCUGGAAAAUAUGUUGGUUUGUUGGAUGACAAACAACGAAGAAAAACUCUAGAAUAUCAAAAUCAAAUUGUUUCCUUCAUUCAAGCAGGACGUUACUCUCAAGCCAUGGAUGUCUACAACAACAUGACAGACUAUGUCAUUACUAAUUGCACAGGAGGAUUUAAUCAAUUUGAUAUCCGUAAUUAUUUUGAUAAUGAAAAUGAUGCCUAUAUCAAAAAUGUCGAACUUCCACAUGUGAAACAAAUGAUGCACACCUUUGGAGUCAAGUAUUAUGAUUCAAGUCAAGAUGUUUGGAAUGCUUUGUAUGCAGAUAUUUGUCAAUCUGCCAGAUAUCAAAUUGAAGCAUUGUUGGAUUGUCCAAUUCAAAAAAUCAGAGUUCUCUUAUAUAAUGGUCAAUACGAUUGGUUAAUUAAUUAUAUGGGAGCAGCAAAAUGGAUUGAUGGAAUGGAGUGGCAUGGUAGCAAAGAAUAUUUGAAUGAUGAAGGUCCUGGAAGAAAACCAUGGAAAAUCGAUCAUCAAGUCGUUGGAUAUGUGCAUCAAUUCGACAAUCUCAUUCAAUUGGUCGUCAAUGGAGCAGGUCACUUGUCACCAAUGGAUCAACCUAAAAAUGUCUUGGAAAUGGUCAAAAUUUUCACCAGUGGUCGUGACUUUUAA